CUGUUUGGUGUAGCUGCGCACAUAGUCUAAUCAAAUGCGCAGAGAAGAAGACCGUGAAUUAAAAGGAUGACAACCAAACAAACAUAACGCUUCAUAACUGGAUUAACUUUGAAUGUCAAUGUCUUAUUUAUAAGCGUUUAAUGAAAAGUCACUAAUUCUAAAGGUUAAUUCAAUGUACUUUCUCUGAAAUACUUGAGUUUGUCGUGAUCCAGUCAGGACUUGCCAUGGACUUUAACGCGCGCGGACCGCAACAAAUGUGUACAAUCAACAGAGGAUAAACGACGAAACAACGACAUUGUUAUGAAGGACCGACUGGCUGAUUUAGACGUGUUCAGGCAAAGUGCCAGUGAAGAUGGGGGUGUCAUUGUGUCCAUGGAGAGAGAUGGCUUCAUGCAGGAUUUUUUCAGAAAGGUGGAGGAGGUCAGAGGUGUCAUUGAUAAGAUCUCGUCCCUUGUGAAUGAGGUGAAGAAAAAACAUAGUGUGAUCCUUUCAGCUCCCAACCCUGAUGAGAAAACAAAAGAAGAGCUGGAACAACUCACAGUGGAAAUCAAGAAACAUGCCAACUUUGUGCGGACCAGCCUCAAAUCAAUGCAACAGAAUCAACCUACAGAUGAGCAGGAGAAUCAAGCUACAGUGGAUGCACGCAUUCAGAAAACACAGUACACCAACUUGUCACGCAAGUUUGUGGAGGUAAUGACACAAUAUAAUGAAACCCAAGUGUCCUUCAGAGAGAAGAGCAAAGGCAGGAUUCAGAGACAGCUGGAGAUCACUGGAAGAAUCACAACUAAUGAAGAAUUGGAAGAGAUGCUGGAGACUGGAAACUCUUCCAUUUUCACCUCUGAUAUCAUCUCCGACUCUCAGAUAACUCGUCAGGCCCUUAAUGAGAUCGAGUCUAGACAUAAAGACAUCUUGCGGUUGGAGGCCAGCAUUAAAGAGCUUCAUGACAUGUUUGUAGACAUGGCCAUGCUUGUUGAGACCCAGGGUGAGAUGAUAAACAACAUUGAAAAGAAUGUAAACAAUGCCGUAGAAUACGUCGGCCAUGCUAAAGUGGAGACCAAGAAAGCUGUCAGGUACCAGACACAGGCCCGCAGGAAAUACAUCAUUCUUGCUCUUAUUAUUUUUUCCGUGCUUGCUGUGGUCGCUCUAAUAAUUGGCUUAUCUGUGGGACUGUCUGUUAAAACCACAACUAACUCCGCCUCCUCCAGCUCUAAUGCAGCCAAUCCUGCCUAAGCAUGGUUUUCAAGAAAUUGGUCUAUGUUGCCAUUUGUGGAGCCGUGUGCAUCAUCAUUCUACUAGUCAUCAUCGUCAUUGCAGUUUACGGCGAUUAGUCACCCAUAGCAAAGCUUUAUUUCCUUUGCCAUUACUGUGCCUUUUGAAAAAAGAGAGAAUUACUUUUUUGUCUGCUGCAUACUAAACUGCUCUUGAAUUUAUUACCAGUGAAUUGUGUAGAAAAUGGCAAUGAAUUGUGGUCAGACUUUCCUUUUUGACUUAUAUGCUUUGCCACUUCACUACAACAACCAGAGGUAAUUAUGUCUUUUAUUUAUUUAAUGCUUGUAAGUAAAUUUUGCACAAUUGAGUAAUAUUUUGUUAUAUUAUGAUUUGUAACUGAGUACUUUGUUCCUUGGGAGGUCUGACUGACAAUGUGGAGUUAAAUGCAAUCCAACAAAGUGCACCUAAGAUAUGUUAUAAUUAAAAAAAAAAAUGGAAUUGUAUUGUAUUCAAGAAUCACAAGUUCAAAAUAUUUUGUUUCAGCUUUUACACAAUGGUUUGACAGUGUUCAAUAUGGCAGUUGGCUCCGCACAAUAUGAUGUCAGAUCUGUGAACCAUGUUACAAAACAUGUUUUAAUCACUUAAUAUUGUUCCUUUUUGUCUCUUACAUGACUGUAUCUGAAAGGAAUUUAACUAUAUAGUCAAAUGUUCAUUUAUUGUAAAAUAAAUGAGUUGCUCACUGCUCACAACUGUCA